AUGACGCCGCUGUUGGCCGCCGACCUCACCCGGCGGGUUCUUCUGGCCCUUGAGGCGUGCGUCGUCAUCUUGGCGACCCUUCACUCGGUCCACGCCGCCGUCACCGCCGGCCGUCUGCAGUCGCUGCAGUGUUCAAUCGGCCAUGGCAGCGAGCAGGACUGCGCCGACUCCGACGACACUACAAGCCUCGUCACCUCAGGCCUCGCGUUAGCCAUCCUCUCCAACGUCGUGCUGCUCGCGCGCGUCGCGUUGCUGCCGCUGCGGCAUUUUCCUCGGUCCGUCGGCCUGCUGUACGACGUGCUGAUGGCCACGCUCUGGCUGCUCGGCCUCGCGCAGCUGCUGCUGCUCACGCGCGCGACGGCCCGAAACGUGAGCACCGGCGCCGUCGUCGACACGGAUGGCAGGGUGGUGGUGACGUGCUGGCGGCUGCGCGGCGUGGCCGUGGCCUCGGCCGCCGCCGCGCUGUACGCCGGCCGACUGCUGUUCGAGCUGGGCUGUAUGCUGGUGUCGUCCGAGUACCGACCGAUACGAGAACGGGACGAGUGGGAGCUGGAAAAGGGUGCUCGUUGCGCGACGGCCGAUGCACGGCAGGCGUACAGUCCUGUUUUAGCAUUCUUUCCCGACCACAACGUUUACGACUACUACGACGACGACAACGACGACGAUCACUAG